AAUUGCAUCCAAAGACUUGGAAACCAAACAGAGCCUUAUACUCGUUCGACAGCAUCGCGACGAGCUGAUGACGCCGACGACGCAACUUUCGUGAGUUUACCACUCGGCUCUUGCUGUGCCGAUGUCUCACUUCUCAAGCCUCAAGCCUCAAGCCCUCAACUCAUUACCUGAACUCUUCGCCUCUCUUAGCCCUAGUUCACAGACACAGUCGCACACUCGCAUAAUCCCCCACCUCGGUGAACGGACCUCAGUAGACACUCAAGUCAGUUAUUCACCGCUACAACAGAGUCAGCUACAGUACUGCAAAAUCUUUUCCCACUCCGGCGAUCUUCCAUGGCUCUAAGAAAUGCAAUAGAAGCAGCCACACUGCUGAGAAACCUUCGUGCUCAGAGUCUCUUCACAGUUCACAAGCUCCAAAACCCUAUUGCUCCAUCCCAUUUGAUUUCAUUGGAUUUUGACCAAACUCUAUGCCUUUCAGUAAUUUCUCGAAGACUGCUUUCCAUUUCCCAUUUUUUCAGCACCAAAGUUGAUACAGGUUUAGAAAAUAUCGAUGUUAGUAACGGCCAGAAACAGAAUAAGAAGCCAUUGGAUAUUUACUUCAAAGAGGCCGUUGGAAUUCUCGAAACUCGUCCAGGCACGGAACAUAUAGAGGAGAAUGAUCAUCUGAGUAAGCUGAGAAAGUUGGAAGAAGAAGUGAGAGUUUUGCAAGAGAAAAGAAAGAAGGAAAUAGAGGAGAAGAAUAAGCAAAGGGACAGGGAAGCAAAGGAGAUAAAGAAGGCUAUAAGGGCUGAUGAAGAUACGGUGAAUGUUUCUAAGCCCAAGAGCUUGCACGAAUUGUUUGCAAAUGAGUUAACCAAAAAUGGCAAGUUGUUAAAAACGUCACAGGCUUCCAUGGAAGAGGAUCUGAUGGUUGGCAAGGGGCUAUCCCCUGAUAUGGUUAUGCUUGUGACUCACUUGUAUGAGGAAGGGUACUUUAAAGAUGCAAACUUUUUGCGAAAGAAUAGGUUUGAUAUUACUUGCUUUGAGGAUAGCUAUGCCCGCCAUUACAUCAAGCAUGCUGCCGAGGAGUUUGCAAAUGAUAAUCAGGGGGUUGCCAAAUGGCUUUCUGCUAGUGACUUGAAGAAGGUGGCACUUUUUGGUUGUCCUUCUCUUGUGAAGAAACAUGUAUAUUCUGCCAAAAUGUUGCGAAAUUUCUUCAGGAUUCAGGAAGACACUGUCUGCGGAAAAUGUGCUUUAAGAGACUCAUGUAAGUUUGUGAAUCAGCGUAUGUGGAACAGUAAUGCCAAAACGCUUCAACUACAUCACGUAAUGAGGACUAUCACUCCGUACGGCUUGGAAUCGGUACCUAAAGAGUUGGCCGUGCCAGAGGAUAUUAAGACAUCCGUGAGUCAGUUGCUCAAGGAAGUUGUAAAGCUUAGUAAAGUUUGUUAAGAUUACUUCACAAACACAUGACUAAGCCGGCAUUCUGCAUAGCUUACUGAAGUUGCUAGCGAAAUAUUAUGUCCCCUAAUCACAUCCACUCAACCUGUUCUCCAUUUGAUUGUCUUAAUUACAUUAACAGAGGUGCAGAAAUUGUUUUCAAUUGAAUGGAGCUUCCAACAAGGGCGGGAUUAAUCAGUGAACUUAAUUUUUUUAUCCACUUACAAUAGUUUGAAGCUAACAAGGAGAUGCUGGUUUGUUUCUCUGUAUCUUCUGUUAAAACAGGUAGACAGAAGUGCUUAUUAGUUGCUGGAUUUUAUUGAAUGAACGAGUAUUAAUGAGAACUUUGACAGAAUCAGAUUUGGACCAAGAUUUGUAUACUAUGAAGUAUGAAGAACCUUUUUGUUUGAAUAAUCAGAGCUUAUGUGAAGUUCUAAAGUCUAUAAAACAAUAUUUUCUGAUA